AAAUGCAGACGCUGAAGAAUCGAGAUCGCACUUGAGUAUAAAUAACUAAUGAACAGAUGUGCUUAGCGGUUUGAGACGGUGUUGCUGUUAUUUAUAUGUUUUGAAGAACCUGUCUAAGAAGAAAAAGCCCAAGAGGUACUCUUGCGAACGUGAGUGCACACAGACUAUCACGUACCACAUUCAAACGGUCUUCACCCCAGGUCAGUGAAAUCCUGCGGCGAGACAGAAUUUGGCGCACUGUGGUAUUAAAAGAAACUUUGUCUGAAAGCCCGACUGAAAGAGGACAGAAUAAGUUCGGCAUUGAUUGAUCUUAGAAACUAACACGGACCAAGUUUGCCUGUCAAGGUUACAAGAGACAACAUGAAACUAUCUACAGCAAUAUGGCUUGUUCUAUUUCUUUGUGUACCGGAAAGACUGUGUAUUGCCAGAACUGAAAGAAGCGCGAGCAACAGUAAAGGGGAAGAGGCUUUCAAAUUAUUGUCGAGUAUCGUGAAGGAAGGAGGCCGACGUGGAUUGCAGGAAUGUGAAAAUCAAUUCAAGAACGAGAUCUGGAACUGUACAUUGAAUAAUAAAGAAAUUUUCAGAGAGCUGCCCAUCUUCGUUAAAACAACUCUACCGUAUGCCACUAGGGAGACCGCGUUUAUCCACGCCAUCAGCUCUGCCGCCAUUACUCACGAAAUCACGCUUCAGUGCCGACAGGGAAAGAUCCCCGGAUGCUCGUGCGCCGUAGUCAAGAAACAGCGACGGGUUACAGAUGAUUGGCAGUGGGGAGGGUGCAGUGAUGACAUCAGAUAUGGCGAAAAGGAGACAAGGCGCUUCAUCGAUAGACUGGAAAACGGAAAUGAUGCUCGAACGGCUUUUAAUCUUCAUAAUAAUGAAGUAGGAAGGAAGAUUGUUCGCUCGAGUGUGCAAAAAGAAUGCAAAUGUCAUGGAGUCACAGGAAGCUGCAGUAUGAAAACGUGUUGGAGACGGUUGGUGAACUUCAACGCUAUCGGAUCAAAACUAAAGGAAAUUUAUUUCAGAGCCACGCAGGUUUCAUUUGAGAACAACAAGCUACAAGAACGAAUUCAUAAGAAGACAAGAGCUGUCUCCAAAAGAGAAAGAAAGUUGGUCUAUCUCGACUCGUCCCCAGAUUACUGCUUAAGGAACGACAGUGUGGGUGCCCCGGGAAUGUUGGGGAGAACAUGCAGAAGCGACGAGGUAUCCACGACUAAAUGCAAAUCACUGUGCAACUCGUGCAAAAUGUGGCAUCAGACACAAGAACAUUACAAGCUUGUAAAAUGCAAGUGUCAGUUUGUGUGGUGCUGCACUGUUAAAUGCGAGAUGUGCUCAGAGAGAUAUUCUGUGACGACUUGUUCAAGAGGAUAAAACUGCACAUGCACAUGACUGAAAUGCGAGCUGUUCGCAAUACUUUACGUUCCCGUAUUAACAGACAAAGGACGCACAUCAGGAAAACUCCCGUGAAUUUUUCCAUCAAAAUCGCCGUUCGUUUCAAAUAAAGAUACAGGUUUUCACGUCAUGUAAAAAGUUCUAGUUUUUUUUUCUUUCUUGCCAAAAUAUUGGCCAAUAUAACAACUGUGUAAAUAAUAAUGUGAUUGGCCGUGUAUUUGGUGGUAUGGUUUGCACUUAUACCCUCGAAUCCUGUGGACAACUCGAUCUCAUAAUGAUUGCCUCGGUUUCGCGAGGAAAGUAGACUUCGGAAAGUCUUGGAUGCGGAAGAAUUGCUCUUGUUUGAACGAUAUAAAAGCAUUGAUAAUAUUAAACACAACAUUUUGUGGUAUGCUCAUUACAGCACGUAGGAAGUUUUCGUUCCUCAUAAGGGAUAAUUUUGGCAAAAAUGUAGAUUUAACUAAAAUAACAUAGCACAUUUCACAAUUGGCUUAUAAAAGUAAGGAAUAUUUUGGCAGUUCUUUGUAAAAGUUGAGUUUAGCAAUCAAACUUACCGAAAAUGAAUUCUAGACAAAACUUAUCUUUUUUCGUGCUUAAGGCAGUGUGUAUAUAUUGCUGCGGUGAUCAAAGUGUUGCUCGCCGAUGUUAUUUCACAUCAUUUAAAUUAAUGUAAGAUAGUUCAGUAUGUUACAUGCGCUGUAAGGUGUUUUAACAUAGACAAAUAAACUUUGAA